GUAAAAAACACUCCCAAAUUUACUGCUCUUUCAGCUCACCAGAUCCAAUAACAGAGCGGUAAACAGUGAAAUUCGAGUUAAAAAGCUAAAACAAAGAAUCCGGAAGCCGGAAGUGUUUUUCAAAUACGAGAGAGAGACAGAAGAAUGCCGUUACUUAAAAGGACAGAAACCCCAUCAGAGGGGUCCUGAAGACACCCGGGACGGAGAAGAGAAUCGACUGACCGACCGACGCCGUUUCGGUCUGGGAUUGACAUCGGUUGUUUCGAUCGAUCGCGCUUCUUUUUCUCUCUGGAUUUGUUCGCUGAUCUCCGUUUUUUUCACUCUGAAAACAGUUGAAGAGAAUUUGACUUACUCAUUUUCCAGAUUUUCAGGGGCUUCAUCUACAGGUGACGUGGAGAGAAACCUUUUCUUUCAGAAUUCCAUAGUCUGCGCUGUACUGGAUUGAUGUGCGAUGCAAAGAUCACGUAGAGCUCUUCUGCAACGAAGAGCUUUGGAGAAGGCUAAUACUGGAAGAAAUCACUUGUACAAAGUUUCUCUGUCCUUGGUUUUUGUUUUAUGGGGUCUUGUUUUCCUUUUGAGCUUAUGGAUCAGUUAUGGCGACAGUUACAGAGAUGCGUCUGCAGUGCCUCCAGUUGGUUCGUCAACUUGGCAUGGAUCUCAGCUGGCACAAAAAUAUGCUGGUCCUGCUGAUAGAAAUCCAUCAAAAGAAACUGAAUGUCCUAAGUACAAUGAGGAUUCUUGUGCAAAAGUCGAUGAAAAUAAAGGUUCCAGAAGUGGUGAACCAGUUGCCCAUGAAGGAAACACAAAUCAUAUGGUUGACCAUGCCAUGUCAGGCACUAACUCGGAGGGGACUGCUCUGAAGUCUGAUAGGCUGUCUCGUGCUGUGCCACCUGGACUUGAUGAAUUCAGGACCAAAACAUUCAGUUCCAAAAGUAAAUCUGGAACCGGACAGGCUGGGAGUGUAAUACACAGAGUGGAGCCUGGUGGGAAGGAGUAUAAUUAUGCUUCUUCUUCAAAGGGAGCGAAGGUCUUGUCAUUUAACAAGGAAGCCAAGGGUGCUUCUAAUAUCCUAUGCAGAGACAAAGACAAGUACCUUCGAAAUCCAUGCUCUGCAGAAGAAAAAUAUGUUGUUAUGGAACUUUCGGAGGAAACUUUAGUAGACACAAUCGGGAUAGCAAAUUUCGAACAUUAUUCUUCUAAUUUAAAAGAUUUUGAGUUGCUUGGCAGUCUGGUUUAUCCAACAGAGACGUGGGUUAGUCUUGGGAAUUUUACUGCUGCAAAUGUGAAGCAUAUUCAGAAGUUUGUUCUCCAAGAGCCAAAAUGGGUGAGAUACUUAAAGUUAAACCUAUUGAGUCAUUAUGGGUCAGAAUUUUAUUGUACACUAAGUGUUGUUGAAGUCUAUGGGGUGGAUGCUGUUGAGCGCAUGCUGGAGGAUUUGAUAUCUGCUCAAAACAAUUUAUUUGGACCUCAAGAAGGAACUGGUGACAAUAAGCAGGUAUCUUUCCCAUCAGAGUCCACCAAAAGUGAUGUACAUUCUCAAGGAUUGUAUGAAGAAGUGGAGUCUGUUUACUCGGUGGAAAGUUCAAUUACUAAACAUGAUGUUGGGAAGACGAAUAAUGUUCUUGAUCCUGUUGAGGAAAUUCAUCAUCAACAGGCCAGUAGGAUGCAUGGGGAUGCUGUUCUUAAAAUACUAAUGCAGAAAGUCCGGUCCCUGGACAUAAAUUUGUCUGUGCUGGAGAGAUACAUAGAAGAGUUGAAUUCCAGAUAUGGGAAUAUAGUAACAGAAUUUGCUAAAGAUAUUGAAGAAAAAGUUGUACUGUUAGAAAGGAUAAGAUCAGAUGUAAAGAAUACUUUUGAUACUCAGGCAAACAUGGCUAAAGAUGUUGGUGAACUUAUUGCCCAGAAAUCGCGUGAUUCUUCUGAGUUACUUACUCUGCGCGGGGACAUUGCUCUUCUCAGGUUUAAGGUUGAAAAGAUGGAGGAGAGUCAUUCAUCGAUGGAGAACAAAGGUAUCGCAGUGUUUCUUGUAAGCUUAAGUUUUGGAAUCUUGGCUCUCACGAGGCUUUUCGUAGAUAUUUUGCGGUGUAUCUAUAUAACAUUUUGUGUUCAAAGAACGGAGAAAACCAGGAAAUUUUGUUGUAUAAGCUCUUCCUGGAUUUUCUUACUAUUGAGCUGUACCGUUACCAUUUUCUUACUAUCAGUAUAGAGUUCUUACCCCUCCAUGGAUGGCAGUUUAUAGAAAUGUGUGGAAAUAUCUUGAGUACUCUACCAAGCUGGUAGAACGUGAUUAAAUUAAACUUGUCUUCCUUUUAAUUUUUGAAAGGUAAUUCCAUAUUGUAGAUUUGGUGGGUGAA